AUGACAACUUUCUUCGAGACUCCCAGUGCCCUUUCUAUAAUCGGCAGGUUACAAAUAGCAGAACUUCAGAUUCAGUGGCGUGACAUCAGUGAGCGUGAACGAAAAGCACGUAUCCGCAACCAGGAUCUGCUGUGUCACUUUGAAAAACUGGAAGAAUCAUUGGAGAGACUUUCAGCACGGACUGCUGCAAUUUUGAAACUGCGGGUGGAGCAUGAAAGGCAAAUGGAAAGGCUUUUUCCUGGUUGGCAGAAGAAAGUGGAAAAGAAUUGGACAUCUGCACAGUCAAACAUACAGCCACAUACAGAAGACAUAAAUACCAAGCAGAAACAAUUUACCAACACAACUGUGUAUCAAGACUUUCUGAGUGCCAUAAGAGGCAGAGAUUGGCAUCCAUACGUUAAAGAGGAAAAUUUCCUGGAACCUUCCUGGUCACCCAAUAUCUUGACCAAGAUGAAUCCACUGCAAAGUGGGAGGCAUAAGUUGAGAUCUUCAUCUCCCCGACAAACAUCAUGCAAGGAUAAUGAGAGCAGAGAUUCUGUGGCAGCUGGGCUAUCUUCUAUGGAGUGCAGACCGUCAGACACACUACAAAAUUGUGUCUCCCAAUAUAACAUUAACAAAUAUCGGUCAUUUACGAGAGACUGGGACAACACUUAUAAAGACACAGGGAGAGAAAUGUCUUCACAACUACCAUUCUGUGAACAUGUCAGUCAAUCUGGAUUCUUCUUUGAUGACAAUAGCAUUGAUUAUUGUAAUGAAAUGUUACAUAAACACAGCCAAGCAAAUAUGUUGGGGGACAGCAAAGUGAGCAAUGCAGGUUGCAUAUCAAACAUAAGCAGAAGAAAUGGACAACAGAAAGAAGGCCAUUCUUCCCGUAAAUCUAUCAGAAAGACAAGCCUCCAAGAAGAGCAACAUCUCAAACAGCACAUCUGUGAUAGAGACCAAGAAAGAAAAUCAGAAACAGGGAUAAAUGAGAAUUACCCACUGCUGUCAUCUAAGACCAAUAAAACAGAAGCUAAACCAGUGAAGUUAUCCCAAUCAGAUCAAAGUGAACACAGUUUGGGCUUAAGUGACACACCAAGCAGUUAUUCCUCAAGAAUAAAGAAGACAAAAUUCAUCAAAACAGAGAAAAAGAGAGGAUGUCAAGGAAAUGAAGAUGAAACAAUGGUAUAUCCAACUGUCCAUAAUGGCACACAGAAUGACUCAGGUGUUGAUGAUGUCUCACCUUCUGUAAAAAGAGCAGAUGAAAUCCAUGGAAAGAGUAGAGUAAAACAGAAGACUGCCAAAGAAGAGUCUGCGAAAACAGAUGAAAAUGGAGUGCAGCUGGUGUCUGGGAUAGAAGCCAGUGCAAAGCAUGCUAUGGCCAGACUGGUAAAAACAGACAGUUUGGAAAAAGGAAACUCUUUGGCUAAUGUCCUAAAAGAGAAAGAAACAUCAAUGGGAGAGAGUGAAGAGGAUUUAUCAAGAAGGCAAUGUUCUACUAGCAUAGAGGACGGAGAAAGCAGUCAAGCUGAACAGCAGGACGAGUCAUCUGAAUCGACUACUACCACUGCAGAUAACUUACAAAACUCAAAGCAGUGUUGUACUGUGGAAGAAUCUUAUACCUAUCUCAUACCCAAAGAAAAUGAGCAAAAAGAUGAAAGACAGGGUGAGAUAAUGGAGGAGGAACAUACAGAAGACUCUAAUUUGUUAAGCCAUAAAUCACCAGAGUUACUAAAACAGCAGGGAUCUGCAGAAGCAUUUGGGAAGCCAAGAUAUGAAUUAAGAAAUUUUAGCAAGGAUGAAAUAAUGUUAGCAAGUGAGGAAUCUGAAAGUAGCAGAAGUAGACACUGUCAUCAGGCCCUGCACCUGGUUGAAGAAGCAGAACUGGAAAAAAACAUUCAAGGACAGAAAACGAACAAGCUUGUGGCUGACCAAAAAGGGGAUGGCAAUGGCACAAGUGAAGAAGAGAAGUCAUUGUCUGAGAAAGAAGAGCCACAGACAAGCAAUAGUCAACAAGAAGAAGAGGAGAGUGACAAAGAAGAGUAUGAAAGUGGAGAAGGGAAUGAAGAAGACAGUGAACCUGAAGAAUUUGAAGAGGAUGAUGAAAGAGAACAAAUGGAAGAGGAUGAGUCAGAAAAUGAAGAUGAGGAGGAGGAAGAAGAAGAAGAAGAAGGGGGUGGUUGUGGACAAGAGAACAAUAGAAAAAAUAAUGGAGAUAAAGAGGAUGAUCAAUCAGAACAGAGUAAGAACACAGACUCAGAGGAUGAAAUUGUUAUACAGCCACAAACCAGGCAAGGUGUCACAAAAAGUUAUGAAGAAGCUGACAAAAGAUCUCUGCUGGGCCACAACAAAGGAGAAGCACAAGUAUACCAUGAAAACGAAAUUAGUACUGAGGGAGAGAUGAUAGAAGAUGACAGUAGUGUUGAUGAUGAUGAGAGAAAUACUGAAGAAGAAGAUGAUGGUGAUGAUGACAUAGAAGCUAUAUUAGCUCCUAGGGAAUAUGUAGACCAUAGGUAACGUGCUAAUUUUUUCUGUUUUAA